ACUUGGUCAUUUUGCGUGUUUUUACAUAUUUUGAGCUUCAAAAUUAUUAUAAGCUGCGGUUCCUGUGACUAUGUCUGAUUACGACAAUAUACGCAUUAAGAAACUCGUAUUAAAAGGAGAAAAACACAAGAAAAGCAAGAAACGCAAGAAGGAGAAGGAUGAGGCAGGAUCAUCUUCCAAGAAGUCAAAGGUGCAGGUGGACGAGGAUGCCGUGGAGCACGGCGGCUGGUGGGUAGCAAAGACAGCGGCGGACAUCACCGGCACUGUGUCCAUUGAGUUUAGCGAUCGGUGUUACCUGAAAGCCUUGGAUAACGGUUUAUUUACCCUUGGCGCACCUCAUAACGCCGGUGAGGGUCCCGAUCCGGAGGAGAUUUUCACCGCUUUUCCUAUUAACGACCGCAAGGUCUCCUUUAAAUCUGGCUAUGGAAAAUAUUUGAAAAUCGAAAAAGAUGGCAUGGUCACAGGUCGAUCCGAAGCUGUGGGCAGUAUGGAACAGUGGGAACCCGUUUUUGAGGAUAAACGAAUGGCCUUGCUGUCGGAAACCGGCCACUUUAUGUCCAUCGAUCCGGAAGAUGAUGCUUGUGUGGCGUUGCGGAAAAAGGUGGGACAGUAUGAGAUCUGCAAAGUGCGGAGCAAUGCUACACGGGACGUGGUCGUCGAUACAGAGCCGAAGGAGGAAAAGGGUGAUCUGGGCGAAGUUGAAAGGAACUAUGUUAAAAAGUUUCAAAAAUUCCAGGACAAGAAGAUGCGUAUUAAUCAAAACGACGUCAAGGAACUGGAGAAUGCCAAGGCCCAAGGAUCUCUACACGAAACCCUUUUGGAUAGACGCAGCAAAAUGAAAGCAGAUCGGUAUUGCAAGUAAACAGAUUUUUUAUUUCAAUUAUUAAAGAUUUGACUUUGCAUUUAUAGUA